UCUCUCUCUCUCUCCCCCUCUCCUAAAAGCCACGCUCCUCCGGUCCUCCCCAUCCCCCUUUCUCUCUCUCUCUCAAGCGGCUUUAAUUUGAAAUUCUUCGAGUUCGCAAACGCGCAUUUCCUCGUCUCCCUUUAAUAUAUUACUGCAGCCUGCAGCGGACAAUUCUCCAUAGUCGGCCACCUACCAAACUUCUCCUUCUCUCUCUCUCUCUCCUUUCUUUCUCUCUCUGCAAUGGGCGUUUGAUUCAACUAUACGCCAUCUCAAAGAUUAGUAGCUGUGUGUGCCAGCAUGGCAUCUAGUAGUCCAUUUUUUGAUGACAUCCGGACCAAAUCUGAGGUAGUUGAUUCUCCACAAAGUGAAGACAUGCUGGAUGUUGGAGAAAGUGUCAAUGAUGCUACUUUAAAGACCCUAAAACCUAAUGUGAUGGUUUCUAGUAAUGUCCGUGAGCUGCUGGAGUGCCCUGUGUGCUUAAAUGCUAUGUACCCCCCAAUUCAUCAGUGUUCAAAUGGUCACACAUUAUGUUCCGCUUGCAAACCAAGGGUUCACAACCGAUGCCCCACUUGCCGGCAUGAACUUGGUAAUAUCAGGUGUCUUGCAUUGGAGAAGGUGGCUGCUUCUCUUGAACUUCCAUGUAAAUACCAGAAUUUUGGUUGCAUGGGCAUAUACCCUUAUUACAGCAAGCUAAAGCAUGAAUCUCAGUGUCUCCAUAGACCCUACAACUGCCCCUAUGCUGGUUCUGAAUGCACCGUCGUUGGAGAUAUUCCUUAUCUUGUUGCCCAUUUAAAAGAUGAUCACAAAGUUGACAUGCACAAUGGCAGCACUUUCAACCAUCGCUAUGUAAAAUCAAAUCCACAAGAAGUUGAAAAUGCUACUUGGAUGCUAACGGUUUUUAGUUGCUUCAAUCAGUACUUUUGCCUACAUUUUGAAGCUUUCCAGCUCGGAAUGGCUCCUGUCUACAUAGCAUUCUUGCGGUUCAUGGGUGAUGAUAAUGAGGCCAAGAACUACAGCUACAGUCUAGAAGUGGGCGGGAAUGGGAGGAAGAUGAUAUGGCAGGGGGUGCCCCGUAGCAUUAGGGAUAGCCACCGGAAGGUUCGUGACAGUUUUGAUGGUCUCAUUAUUCAACGCAAUAUGGCUCUCUUCUCUCAGGGGUAGACCGGAAGGAAUUGAAGCUUAGGGUGACCGGAAGGAUAUGGAAGGAACAGUGAUAGCGAUCUGUCACGUUGAACUCUUUCGUUCGAUCUUCUUAUGUAGUUAGUAGGUCAGUAGGUCAGUCGCAUUUCGUGGUUAUGAGUCUCUUGUGGCCAUGUAAUUUUGGGAAUUUUAGGAAGCAAACUCUCAUUGCUUGUUCAUGCUUUAAUUGCGUGAAUGGGAAGGCACUCUUAUAAAAAAAAGGUCGUACCAGUGCACAAGGUUCCCGCUUUACGCAGGGUCUGGGAGAGGUGAAUGUCGGCUAGCCUUACCCUCAUUUAUGGAGAGGCUGUUCCCAA